CUUUCCCAAGAUGGUGGUAGUCUCUGUAGCUUGUCGUGUGGGAUAUAGAAAAGUUCCCUCCCUGUGUUACAGGUUCUGUUCCACCUACAUCAGGAGAAUGAGAUAUUUGUCUGAGCUAAAAGAAGAUGACGCUGCUUGCAGUCAAGCCUACAACUCAGGGUCUUUCUUUCUGUUUCACAACCUCUCUCCCUUCUUGCAGCAAAAAGGAAAAAUGUUCUUGGCUCCAAAGAUAAAUGCACCAGAAAUGAAAAGAAUCCUCAUGAAACUCAGCCGGAGUGAAAGGCAGAUAGAGGACUCCAUGCUGGUUGGCUGUUCAGAGGAGUGCACACCGUACUUUGCUUUGGACCUAGGAUCCUUAGAGAGAACCGCCAUUGAAUCUGAACUUGGUGGGUCGUUUGCAGAUUCGCGGAAAACAUUCUUUCGAUUAGAAGAGGAACAUACAGCGCUGAUUUUCUCGGCUCAGGCUCUCCUUCGCUGGCAUAACAACAAUAAGUAUUGUGGAAAAACCGGGCAGCCCACCAAGAAGAACCUGUCUGGGAGCAAACGGGUGUGCCACAGCAGUGAAAUAAUCUAUUAUCCACAGAUGUCUCCAGUGGUUAUUACUUUGGUAUCUGAUGGGAGUCGGUGUCUUCUGGUACGGCAAGCAUCAUUUCCUAAAGGGAUGUACACGGCUCUGUCUGGCUUCUGUGAUAUGGGUGAGAGUCUGGAAGAGACGGUCAGACGGGAAGUGGCUGAAGAGGUGGGAUUAGAAGUCGAGUCUCUCUGGUAUUCUGCUUCUCAGCACUGGCCAUUCCCAAACAGCUCCUUAAUGAUAGGCUGUCAUGCCACGGUGUGCCCACAGAAGAGCAAGAUCAGUAUCAACAGACAGGAACUAGAAGCUGCCAAUUGGUUCAGCCUUGAGGAGGUGGAGCAAGCCCUUGGAAGGGCACCAAAUCCUUCCCAAGAGGAGGAGGACGACCUCUCCUUUUGGGUGCCGCCUAAGCAAGCCAUCGCCCACAGGUUGAUUCAGGAGUGGGUGAAGAAGCAGGCUGUCAUACCUGCUUAGAAGCAAUGAGAAAUCAGCCUUUGUUUCCGAAUCCCAGCUGUUCCAGACCUAAGAUUCUCUGUCAUCCAUAUGAUUGGAACCACGAUUGCCUUUAGCCAUGCAUCAGGGAUGAAGCCAGAUUUAUCAACCAUGGUAAUUACAAGCAAGAGAAAGAUUGUUUUAUUGUUAAAAAAACUGAAAACUGAAAGUGCUUGUUACACAAACUUGGGCAGUUGCUGAGCCUGAUGUGAAAGGUUGCUGAACAAGGGAGACGAAGGGAGUUUAAAGUUAUAAACCCCUCUGGAAGGCUUACAUGAUAAGGAACAAUAAACUGCUGGGCCUGUGAUCUGAAGACGCUGCAGACAAUGAAGAACAACAAAAACAAAAGCAAGAAAAAGGCUAGAAACAAUUCAAAUGCUGACUCUUCGCCAACUCCUUAUUACAAAUCUUCAAAACAACUCAGUAUAGAUGACCUGUUAAACGUUGGAAACAUAAGUGAACUCUUCCCUCUUAGUGAAAAUAGAUUCAGCCUGUU